AUGUUGCUCAACCGCCAGGCUUUCGUGUCGGGCGCGGUGGUCUUCGCUUUCGUUCUUUGUUGUUGUUUCGUCGCGGCCGAGGGCAACGACUUCACCCUCUUCAAGAUCGAAGAGGCCACCACACGCGACGCCGUGUGCAGCGAUGGGUCGGCCGCGGGCUACUACUUCCGGCCAGGGUCGGGGUCGGGCCAGCAGGUCUGGCACUUCCACCUCAUGGGCGGGUUCUGGUGCUGGGACGCGGAGUCGUGCGCCGAGCGGCAGAAGCGGGCGCCGUACCUGAUCUCCCUCGCCGGGUACAAGGAGCAGUGGUCCGGUCCCGUGGGCAUCUUCGCCCAGAACGAGACCACCAACCCGCUCUUCCACAACGUCAACCACGUCUACGUCCUGUAUUGCUCGAGCGAUGCGUGGAGCGGCGACGCGUCAAAGACCCAAUCCAACAUCUUUCACUUCCGGGGCAAGAAGAUCGUCAAGGCUGUGCUCGAGGACGUGUACAAGUACCGUGGCCUGCGCGAGUCGAGCGAUCAGCGCCAAAUUCUCUUCUCCGGAUGCUCGGCCGGCGGUGUCGGCGUCGUCGUGAACGCCAACUUUGUGCAAGCGACGCUGCGCGACCUGCUCAAGAACAAUGCCACGCGCGUGCUCAGCCUGGCUGAUGCGGGCAUCAUGUUCGACUAUCCGCUCUAUCCCGAGCACCUGCCGUUGGACCACGUCUUCGACACGACCAUCAUUCCGGCUCUGGAACAGUUCACCAAGGGCUUCCCCCUGUGGAACGGCCAACUCGACAGCUCCUGCACGGCCGCCUACCCCAAGCAGCCGGAGAAGUGCUAUUUUGGCCAGUACGCGUACUCGUUCAUCGACACUCCUAUGCUGGUCAACCAGCAGCAGUACGACGCCUGGCAGCUCGACUGGUACAUUCCACUUCUUUGCCGCUCUACAAUAAUGACGUUGACGGAGGCCACCGCCAUCUACAGGAACAUCGGCUACGUGCCGGCGCAGUACAACAGCAGCAUGGAGACCUACGCCAACAACUACCGGCUGAACACGGUGGAGGUGCUGGCCGUCAUGACCAAGAAGCAGCACACCAUCUUCUCGGGCAUGUGCUUCAGCCACUGCAGCACGGAUAACAACAACUGGACCAACCUGCGCCUGAGCGAUGACACGGACACCUCCCUGGCAGCUGUGUUUGGACCCUGGUGGGAAGCCCAGGGAACAGCGGCGCCCCAGUUCUACUUUGACCACUGUGGCAGCUUCAAUUGCAGUAUUGGCUGCCCUGCCCCUGAGUUCUGA